AUGUUUUUGAAACGGCAUCCAGAAAUUUCAAAGAGAAAGGCACAGUUCAUGAAUCCAGCUAGGGCGCAAAAGCUAAACAGACCAAUCGUUAGCCAACACUUCUCAGAAAUCCAAAAAAUUUAUGACGAGCUUGAAAUUAUAACACACCCGCAAAGACUUUACAACAUAGACGAAAAGGGAUGUCGGUUGACUGUUCAUAAUCAACAGACUGUUCUAGCACAAAGAGGAGCUCGACGAGUCCAUUUAAUAGCGCCAGAGCAUGCUCAAAAUGUCACGAUCGCAAUGUGUGUCAAUGCUGUCGGGACCGCUAUUCCACCGAUGAUAAUAUUUAAAGGACAGAGGCAGAAACCUGAAUUUAGUGACAAUUUACCCGCGGGGAGUUUCGUGAAGAUGUCAGCAAAAGGGAGCAUGACAACUGAACUAUUCGUGGAGUUCAUUAAACAUUUGGCAAAAUAUAAGACUCAAGGAAAAAUUUUGUUGAUCUUCGAUGGAGCGUCAUCGCACUUAGAUUACACGAUCGUUGAGGAAGCAGACCGGCAUGACAUAGUCCUUUAUUGUCUCCCGAGUAAUACUACGCACGAGCUGCAACCUCUGGACAAAUCUGUGAAUAAGUCUUUUGAACAUUAUUGGGAUCAAGAGGUUUUAAGAUACAUGUAUCAAAAUCCUGAAAGACGCAUAACGAAAACCAGUUUUAAUACAAUUUUCACAAAGGUGUGGUCACAGUGUUUGACUCACGACAAUAUAGUAAACGGGUUUCGAGCUACGGGCUUGUACCCUUUCAACCCUGACAUAUUACCUGACGAGGCAUUUGCUCCAUCAAUUUUAACAGAGCUGCCUCCACCAACAGAACCCAGCGCUUUAGUAGGCUCAAACACAGAUCAUCCAGAUAAUUAUACUGUCAAUCAGCCAGAAGAACAGCUUCGAAACGAGGAUGAUUCUCAAUCUCAUUUGGAGCAGGUUCCUGAUUUACCCGAAAAGUCCUGCUCAAAGCGCCAUGGAUCUAAAUAA